AUGGCGGCAGAAGAACCGCAAUCCCACGAUUUCUUCGUGGGCACAUUCAACACGCCACAUCUCUACACACUGCGGUUCACACCACCAACGUCGAAAUCCACAUCAACAUCAACAUUACCACCAUCAUCGCGCAACGAGGGCUCACUGAAGAUCCUACAUAAAUCCAAAGUUAUCGGCUCGCACAGUUGGCUGCAUCUCCACCGAGCACGCCCGGACGGCACCCGGAAUCUCUACGCCACCGCGUGGACCGAGCCGCCCUCUGUGGUCGCCUACGCCGUCGAUUCACCGACAUCAGUCCGUCUGCUUAACACGGCUCCGACGAGAUCACGCAGCGGCUAUGUCGCUGCCAGUGACAUCGCUCUGUAUUCGGCAGGAGGUGCGACCGGAGAAGUCUACAGCCUCGACCCGAAGACAGGCGCGAUCGUGUCUCCGGCUGGCGAACCCAAUGGAGCAGACGCCUCCAACGGGACUUCGACAACGACGACGACAACGAUAAAGCCACUCCAGGACCUAUCAUUCGUGGAUACAUCCACCUCACAGCGCGACGACGGCUCCGUGAUGGAUUUCGGAGGUCUGCGACACGGCGCACACAGCGCGGACCUGUCGCCCGGAGAGGACACGAUGUACGUGGCAGACAUCGGACGGAACUGCAUCUGGACGUACUCGGUGUCCGCAUCAGACGGCUCACUCAAGCUGGAUGAGAAGUACAUCUCGCCGCGCGCUAACGACGGGCCCCGCCACGUGUGGCCGCAUCCGGCCGGACGGAUCGUGUAUUGCCUGCAGGAGCAUACGAGCAUGGUGGAUGUCUUCUCGACGACGAAAGGCGACGCCGGCACCACGAGCCUGCAGCAUGUCCAGGGCGUGCGGAUCAUUCCGUCCGAAGAGCACGAGCGCGAGUUCUGGGCUGAUGAGGUGCGCACGAGUUUGUCGAAUGGAGAGAAGCCGCAAUAUCUGUAUGCGAGCACUAGGGGCUUGGAGAAGGGGAAGAAGGGCUAUGUCGCCGUGUAUGCGCUCGGAGAGGAUGGAUAUGUCGAUCAGUCCGCAGGCUCUGGAGGUGACGAGCGCUAUGCCGGUCUCCUCGACAUGUACACGACGCCUACGAGCGGUGGGUGGGCGAAUGCCGUCCAGCCGGGUCCGACGGUUGACGGGGUCGAGUAUCUGGCGUUGACGGAUAGUGACGAGGGGUUCGUGUUUGUGCUGUCCUGGGAUGGAAAGAGAAUCUCCGAGGUUGCCAGGGUCAAUCUGGGUGACGGCGAGGGUGCUGCGACUGCGGUUUGGCUGUGA